AUGGGACUGAAUGAAGUCUAUGUUAGUGUCAGGAGUAACUUGCUCAUGAUGCAACCACCUCCAACACUAGACAGUGCAUAUAACAUUCUUCUUCAAGAUAAAAGGCAGAGGCAGAUCAAUUCCAAUUCUCAAUUUGGUUCUGAUUCAGCUGCCUUCACUGCCAAAAUCAACCUCAACCAUCAGUCUAAUCCCAACACAAAUUAUAAGCCUCCUGGUUCUAACACUCACAGACAAUAUGUCCAAAGAGUGAACUUUGAUCAAGCCAAAGGGAAUCUAUUCUGUAGAUAUUGUAAGAAGAGUGGGCAUUUAAUUGAUAAGUGCUUCAAGUUUCAUGAUUUUCCUCCUAAUUUUAAAUUCACCAAAACAAAGAAAAUUGCAGGAAAUGCAACUGUUGGAACAGAUUUUUCUCCUGAUGAUUGUACAAAUUUUCCUUCUCUUUCUGCUGUUGGAACUACUAACAAUGAUGCACAAGGUUCAUUGGUAUCUGGUUUAACCAAGCAGCAAUAUUCUCAGUUAAUGGCUCUUUUACAACACUCUCAUGCAUAUGAUUCUGCACCUCAAUCUGACUUCAUGACUUCUGCCAAUUUUGCUGAUGUUCUUUACAUUCCUUAUUUUAAACAUAAUCUGAUAUCUGCGCAAAAACUUAUUUUGUUAUUGAGAUGCAUAGCACAGUUUAGUUCUGACUCUUGCUUGCUACAAGGUCCUUCUUUGAAGAUGCCUCUAGAGCUUGGUAAGCAAGAGGAUGGGCUUUACAAGUUUGCCUUCACUACUGCCUUUUCUUCUUUAGCUCAAAAUGAUUUUACUAUGCCUACUAUAUGUAGUUUUCCAUCUUUACCUUCUAGUAUUGUUGAUCCUAGUUUUGGUUCUUCAUUGUGUAACUCUAGUUCUUCUCAAAAUGCUUUGUCUCAAUAUGUUCCACCUUGUAAUGAAGCUGCAUUGAAUAAAAUGGACAUUAUUUGGCACCAAAGACUUGCACAUGUUCCUUUUGUUAGAAUGAAGGGCAUCCCUAUUAUAUUUUCCUCUUUAUCUUCUAAGCAACACUUUCCUUAUGAAAUAUGUCCUAUGGCUAGACAAACCAGACUCCCUUUCCCUGAUAGUUCCAUUCAUAGUACUCAUCCUUUUCAACUUAUACAUGUGGAUACUUGGGGAACCUAUCACACUCCUACACAUUCUGGUUCUAGAUAUUUCCUAACCAUAGUUGAUGAUUUUUAUAGAUCUUCUUGGACUCAUCUAAGCAGUUCCAAAAAUAAUGCAUUUUCCUUGAUUAAAGCUUUAGUGGCCAUUGUCAAAACUCAAUUUCACAUUACUAUCCAAACAAUUAGGAGUGACAAUGCCCUAGAACUUGGGGGUAGCCAUUCUGCUAUUUCUUAUUUCUCUGACAAUAGUAUCAUCCAUCAAACUACUUGUCCCCAUACACAACAACAAAAUGGGGUGGUUGAAAGGAAGCAUAGAACCUUACUUGAGGCCUGUAGAGCUUUGCCUUUUCAAUCCAAGGCUCCUAUUAGGUUUUGGGAGGAUUCUCCUUUACUUGUUAUUCCUUCCUCUGUUCCUACAGCAGUUGCUCCUGAUGCUGGCCCUCUCAGAAGGUCAGACAAAACUCAUCAUCUUCCUCCCUACUUGAAUGAUUAUGUUUGCUAUUUGCCACCUUCCUUCUCUUGCAUCACUACUCUGAGUCCCCCUGCCACUUUUGAACCCAUUACUUAUUCCCAAGCUGCACCUAUACCUGCUUGGAAGGAUGCUCCGAGGAAAGAGUUUGAGGCCCUAGAGGCCAACAUUGUUGCUUUGCCUAGUGGGAAGAAACUUAUUGGAUCUUAUUCACUUGUUAUUCCUUCCUCUGUUCCUACAGCAGCUGAUCCUGAUGUUGGCCCUCUCAGAAGGUCUAACAGAACUCAUCAUCUUCCUCCCCACUUGAAUGAUUAUGUUUGCCAUUUGCCACCUUCCUUCUCUUGCAUCACUACUUUGAGUCCCCCUGCCACUUUUGAACCCUCUACUUAUUCCCAAGCUGCACCUAUACCUACUUGGCAGGAUGCUAUGAGGAAAGAGUUUGAGGCCCUAGAGGCCAACAUUGUUGCUUUGUCUAGUGGGAAGAAACUUAUUAGAUGUAAGUGGGUCUAUAAGAUUAAGUAUAAGGCCGAUGACACUAUUGAAAGAUAUAAAUCUAGGCUUGUUAUUAAGGGUGACACCCAAGUUGAGAGGGUGGACUUUAAUGAAACUUUUUUCCCUAUUGUAAAGAUGUCCACUGUUAAGUGUCUGGUGGUUGUUGCAGUUAAGAAUGAUUUAGAUGAGGAAGUCUAUAUAAAGCUUCCUCCUGGUCUUUCUGUCACUACUGCCCCAUAUUCUUCCUCUUCUACCUUAGUUUAUCAUUUACAAAAGUCCCUAUAUGGCUUGAGACAAGCCUCAAGGCAAUGGUAUGGUGAGCUUUCUCAAGCUCUCUACUCUAGAGGUUAUACUCAUUCCCUUAAUGAUUACUCCUUAUUCAUCAAGGGUUCUCCUGGUCAUAUGGUUAUCAUUGCUGUCUAUGUUGAUGAUAUAAUAUUAACUGGAGAUUAUCUUGCUGAAAUUAAUGCUUUGAAGUCAUUUCUGGAUGCCUAG